AUGUGGGACCUUUUAUUACUCACAGCUGGUUCGAAAAAGCAAAAGUUGAAUUUUGAGAAAAUUUUGAAGACAAUUCCAAACUUGGAAAAAUAUGCAAAAGAUAUUCGAGUAAUAUCAGAUGAACCGGAAAAUGUUCGAAUUGGAUCUGGUGGAGCAACAUUGCUCGUUUUAAAAUUAUUGAAACAAAUUUAUGGCGAAAAAUUGGUGGAGAAAAAGAUAUUGUUGUGUCAUUCGGGUGGACUUUCACAAAGAAUGCCACAUUUUUCGGCAUUUGGAAAAAUAUUUGCACAUUUUCCGAAUGGAAAAACUAUUUUGGAAACGAAAUUGGAAGUUUAUAGGUGAUUUUUAGCAAAAUUUUCAAUCCAAAAUAUGUUAUCUUUCCAGCCAAAAUCUAGUCUCAAAUUUGCCAAACGGAUUAAUGAUAACUGCAUCAGAUGUUCUAGAAGAUAUGAAAACAAUAUCCAAAAUUUUUGAUAAAAAUCAAGAAAUUAUAAUAUUUGCACAUCAAUCGAGUUUAAAAGUUGGAACACAACACGGUGUUUUUUGUGUUGAUCCAGAAAAUUCAAAAUUAAUUCGAGUUUUACAAAAACCAAGUAUCGAAGAAAUGAAAAAUGCAAAUGCGAUUCGAAAAAAUGGAAAAGUUUUGACUGAUAGGUGAGUUACUGUAACUAUGAUAAAAUUUGAAGAAUUCGUUUUUUUUUCAGUUGUUUCUGGUUAUCUUGGAAAAUUUGCGAUGCUCUCGAAAAAUCCGCAAUAUUUCCGAUUUCUGAAGAACUUUGCUGUUAUGCAGAUUUUAUGCGACCAAUGGGGACAAAUCCGGAUUUGAGCUAUUUGGGAGAUUGUGAGUUUUUUUUUAAAUUGUAUUAUUUCAAAAAUAAUAUUUUUUCAGCCCUCCAACGCCGAAAAUUUGCUGAAAUAUUCUCCGCCGCUAAAAACAUCGAGAUUUUCGAUUUAGGAGAAUUUGAGACAUUUUUCCAUUUGGGAACAUUUUCUGAAUGGUUCGAACAUUUGGAAAAUGGCUCCAAAUUUCAACAAAUUUUCAAUGUUGGAAAAUUCAAAAAUUAUGAAUUUUCAAAACUUCCCGAAACUUUGAAAAUUCCGCGGACAACAAUUUUAAGUGGAGUAGAAAUUCAGGAUAAUUUGGAGAUUCCAGAAAAUUCUGUGAUUUUUACAAUUCCUUUGCGCGAAAAUAUGGGUUAUUCUACGGUUAUUUUGAAUAUUUCAACUGAUUUCAAAAAAAUUUGGAAUGAAAAAAAGUUUGCUGUUUCAUCAAUUCGUCAACAAUCUUUUCUGGAGAAUUCUGGAAAUUUAUAUUCGCUUUCCGAUUUGAUAGAACUUCACGACAUGGAAAAAGAUUUGGAGUGGAGAAAAACAACUUUUCAAAAUAUGUGA